AGGGCACGGAAGUUCAAUGAUGAUGUUUUUAUUUUCAUCUGUCAAAACGCAUUGGAAAGUAAAUUCUGAAUUUUUUAAAUUCAAUCAAUAUUAUAAUUAAACGUUAUUUCUUCUAAUGAAAAGUAAUAUUGGUGAAGAAAAUAUGUUUCCUACCUCUGAAAAAUAUCCAGAUUGUAAAUUUCUUGUUACUUCACUCACAUUUGUUCUUCCGGUUUCAAUUUAUACUAAAAUGAAAUUCAGAGAUUGAAAUUUCGAUAGAAAACACGAAGGUGGGCAAAAAUCACUGGAUUAAAGAGUGUAGUUGUUGGUAGUCGAGGUUAUCCACUGAUAAGUCCAAUUUCUAGAUAAACAUUUUCCAUACCUAAAACAACCAACCUAACCUCAACAAUACAAAAAUAAUUCCGGAUCUCAAUAAUUCGUAACAAAAUAUUGAGUUCAACUGAAUGUUUUGGUGUCAAACGAUAGAACGAGUGUUUUCUUAUCACCUGUAAUCAAGCUUUUUGUGAAACUAUGUGAUAUUUAUUUUAAAACAAUUAAAAUAGAACAACCAUCCUAUACCAUCAAUGCAAGAAAAUGUUUUCAUCAUCAUUUGACUAGCACCGAAAAUGAAAUCCAGUUGGCGCAUCGAGCGAAAAAGUUUCACGUUUGAGAGCCAAUUACAAGCAUUAUUUGAACACUCCCUUCGUUAAGUUUUGUCACACACUUGCUUGAUCACAGUGCCGAGCAACAAAUUUGCUGCAAUCAAAGCAACUGUCAACCGUCCUUCCGCUUAGACUGAAAAUUUCAUUCUUCGUGGAGUGAAUCGACACGACUAGUCGACUAAAAGACCGCCACCCGGAAAGAAACAUGGGCCGUGAGUGUUUCGCCCGCGAAUUCAAAACCGACCGUCGCAUCGGAUGAACCUUUUGAUUCCACAGAGAACGAACGAUUCUUUAGGAUCAAAUGCUCUAUGCAUCGCCGCGUUCCAAACCGCCACCGUCUUUCCCAGAUUCGAUCAGAGUAUGGACCAAGCGGAACAACUCGCAUUACCCGAAGGAAGCGAGGCAUUUGUGCGGCACAAAACACGGAUUGUGGCUGAAGAAGAGAAAGUAUCUGCAUCGAAGGAGCCAAAGAAUUUGCGCUAAACGACGGAAGUGUACGAAAGAAACGACUCAGGGUUCCAGGGAAGGUGACCCACUGGCAAACGGGAGCACCGAACAAACUGAUAGGCGAGUCGUAACGCUGCAAAAAGAGCCCUCAGUAGAGGGCUUUUUUUACUGGAAACUGAUUCUUAUUCUGGAAACCGAAUCUUUGUUUCGGAAGCUGAUUUGUUGUUUGGAAGUUGAUUAUUGUUCGGGAGCGGAUAACAUUCCUGAACGCAACGGAGAAAACUUGUCGAUUCGGAAGCGUACGGGGUCAACGUCGAGCGACUGGGAUUGCUCGCGUCGAAGUAGUGCUAAACCUGAGGGCAUAAUUAGUACCAGUGCAAGUAAGAUAGUGUAAGGAAGAGAUGGCUGAUCUGGCCUAGAAGGUAGCGUUCAGGAAGGAGAAAAGGAAGAGAAAGUGCACCCCGCUGAACGUGAAAGGAAGAAGGAAAAUGCGGUGGAGGAAGUUUCGCCAGUAUAUUUAGGAGGAAGGGAAAUCAGUAAUAAAAUUUAUGUAGAAUCAGAUUUGUAGAUUGCCUUGAUUUCCAGAUUUGGGUAAGCCAUUUUAUGUUACAAUCGGUUAUUAUCGUCGAGACAAUCCCAUGGCAUACCGUAGGAGUUGAAGUCACCUAGAAAUAUCCGCAGCAGAUGGAAGUAAUGCAAAGAUCCGAGCCUUUCGAAAACUUUAGUUCUACCAAUGACAAUAGACUUUAAGGCUCGACUCGAAAUGUGUAUGUUCAUACCCGUAGUUGUCAAACAAGUGUAGCACACAGUGGCGUAGAUGGCAAUAGUGAAACACUGAUUUUCUGCGUUCCAGUUUGAUGGAUUACAUUAUUUUUUUAAAUAUAUUUCGUGUUAGCCCAAAUCUCUAUUAUCUGUGGCUCUUCUCAUUUGCCGUCUCAAGUAUC